UUCUCCACUGAAUACAAUGCUGCCUUAUAUUUAUAGCAUUAGCAUUACCAUGGUAACAAAUCAAUUAUGUUCAAGCAUACUGUUAUAGUGGAUACCCAGUAGUGAGACUGUGGGAGGCGUACUAUUACAACCUACCAAGGUCCACUCUAUAGUCUAGUAUUUUCUCCCUCCUUUGAAAAAUGGCAUUCUUUUUGCUCUGAAAUUCCACAUUCUCCUCCAUAAUCCCAAAAAGGCUGUCAUAAGUGAACCCCACAUGUGGUUGAAAUCUUCACUUUCUUUAAUCUCUUACUCAAAAAUCUUCACACCUGAACCAUCAACCUCCAUGCAGCACCCACACUUCUUUAUUUAAAAGUUCUCACUUUGGCUUUCUUUACACCAAAACAUUAUCAUGGUAUCUUGAACUUAGACUUUUGAUUUGCUUCCUUCAAAUAAGACCAUUGGUUUUCAUAAGACACAUUGUUCAAGCGGACUUUUGCUUAUAAUUAUCAUAGAGAAUGAGUGAGAAAGAGAUAAUCAAGUGGCUGUAGCUUUUUUUUUAGGAUGUCAAGUACCUUAACCUUAUUGAAUUAAUCUAGUUGUGGUCCUUGCGCUGGUGUCACGGUUUUUCACAUCACUGUGAUGUGCUAAACCUUGUUUUCUCAAACUGCAAUUUUGAAGCUUCAACAGCAUAAAAGGCUUUCUGGGUCUUUGAAGGAGUGGCCAUUGCUUAUCUUUUUCAGAAAAGAAAGAAUGCAAGUUCUGCGGAGAUUGGUUUUUUUCACCGUUCAUGCUAGUCUUUUUAUUCUUGUUCUACCACCUGUCAGCUCGUCUCAAGAACACUCAAAAACUACUAGUCAUGCAAGCAAGAAAGACAACAAUGAUAAGCUGAGUUCGAAACUGAUGUUUGAGAUUACACUCCAUGGAUUUCUCCUCUGGGCUUCAAUGGGGUUCUUGAUGCCUGUAGGAAUACUUGUUAUCAGAAUGUCAAAUAGAGUGGAAUGUGGAAGAAAGCUCAAAGUUCUUUUCUAUACUCAUGCAAUUUUGCAGAUACUUGCCGUACUUAUUGCCACAGCAGGAGCAGUAAUGUCCAUCAAAAACUUCAACAACUCCUUCAACAAUUAUCACCAAAGGAUAGGGGUAGCCCUAUAUGGUAUCAUAUGGUUGCAAGCCCUGGUUGGUUUUAUAAGGCCACGGAGGGGGUCUAAAGGAAGAAGUGUAUGGUUUUUUAUACAUUGGCUACUUGGAACUGCAGUAUGCUUACUAGGAGUUCUAAACAUAUACACAGGUUUACAAGCCUACCAUGAAAAGACAUCAAGAGGUAUAAGGUUUUGGACUAUCAUUUUCACUGCUGAGAUGUCUUUCCUUGCCUUCUUCUACCUGUUUCAAGAUAAAUGGCUGCAUAUACAAAGGCAAGGAGUGGUUUUGGGCAAUGAACCAAUAAUGCCUAAUGACCAAGAGAUAUCUCCAAGAGACAAGCAAAAGGAAUUGAAGAUCCUGACUUGUUGAGGAUGAAAAUCAGCCAAUGUUAAUUUUACCAAUAGUAAAUCCUUUUCAUCUCAUUUUCUCUAUGGAUAUUCUCCCAUAGAAUGGAUUGGUGUUUAUUAGUAAAGAGCACAUUCAGCAUCGAAUGUUGGGAUGGAGACUUCCUAUAAUAUAAAUUACAGAUGUUUAUUGUUUUUAA